AUGCCGGAUUUGGCGGCUGUUCCUUCCAGUUCUAAAUUUUCUUCUCCCCUGGACUCUGGGCCAGGUGUCGCAACGGCACAUCGGCGUGGACCUGCCUCUCCUGGACCGUGUAGCCCCCUGGGAGGGUCCAUCGUUUCCCCAUCAACAAGCCGUGUUCCUCCAGUGUCGUCUAACAGUCAGCGUUCCGCGAACAUACCCUUUCGGCGAGCCGAAAACUUCACUCUCGCAGGCUCGAUCCCGACGGACGCGCCGACCGCCGGUCACCGUUCUCUUUCCACUAAAAACGUAAAUUCACCUUUUUCUGUGCGGACGCUUCGCUGCUGCCUCAGCCCCCCAGUAGAGGCCUCUGGAUUGGAAGCGUUUUCCUUUUCAUCGCAUUCUUCUCGUCCACCCUCCUCUUUCUCUGGCGCUUCUAGCCACGCGGCCACUGUUGCAGAGAUGCGCGCUCGCCUGCGAAUGCAUCUCCAAGAGGAAGGAAAGGAACAAAAGGAAACAACUCCGUCUAAAGUGGUCAAAUGCUCGAACGACUCCGGUUCCUCGCUUCCGUCCCUGUCUGCUGUUCAUCUCUGCACUGCGUCUGGUAGUUGUUCAUCCUGCUCUCCUGACGCUGGCGUGUCUCAUCAGACGCCCCGCAGGCCUUGUGCUCCUUCGGAAACUGCAGGAUCCGAUGCUCCAUUUGCAGCCCCCUUUCGUCCGCAUUAUACGGGAGACUACACUCCAGCAGACCAGGAGAGAGGAAAGGGAGGAGAAGCAUGUAUCAUCGGACCAUCAGGACCAGACUGUCAAGGAGUCGCGGCAGAAACGAGUAGGCGUAAGAAAAGUCCAUUUGAUGGACGGCAGGCUUCACUCAAAGAAACAAAGGUAGCGAAAUGCAGGCAUUCUCUGAGUGAGAAAACUCGCGAUUCGGGAACAAAAAACGACACCCGACUUCUGGAAGUGAAACAUGCAGAACAAGGCGGCUCCCCGAACAGGGGUUCCACGCCGAGGGGAAAGGAGAGUGUCGAGUCCAGUCUGUCGCGCGGGGGUCUGUUUCCAGAGAAAACAGCAUUUUAUUCGUUCUCGCCUUUUUCUCCGCCGGGAAGGGAAGCACCACGGGGAACCACUCUUCGCAGUGGGUUGCAGGUGUCCGAGGCGGAUCCCCACAAUCCCUCCUUGGUCCCUUCCAGUGUCCGCCUGAAAAACCUAAACGUUAGCCAAUCGUCUUCUCUCCUGCUGUCUUCUGCCGCUCCGUCAUCGCAAAAACGCACCAGUAAUCGAUCGGACCAGUCGCACCCCAGCGCAAGCCACCGCGUCAUUGCGGACCUGCAGGCGCAACUGAGAAGACUCCGAAACGGAGGGCAAGGGGAACUUUCGGCGCUGGAGAGAGGCGGAGACAAGAAGGUUGCCCGUGAGGGUCGCGACCACAAGGUGGAGGACCAGAUGCAAGAGGAAGACUGGAAACUGGACGGGAAGAAUCGGAAGAAGGGUGCGAAGAAUACCCAUGCGGAACGACAAAGACGGCUUGAAGACAGCGACGAAAACAGCUACUGUAGCGCUCUCUCCGCCGCGGCAGAGGAGGCCCUGGACAGGGCAUGGAGUCGCCUAGAAGGAACCAGCCGGGAAAGCAGUAAGAGCAGCUUGCGUGACUCGCCGCUGGUGAUCGAGGAGGGCGAGGGGUCUCUGGAAGCCCCACAGAAGAGCAAGCCGCGAAUCGAGAGGAAAAACGUCAAGCGCACGGGCGCCACAGAGGAGAGAAGGACGCGGGGGCCUGUGUCCUCGACUAUUCAAUCAAGUUCUUCGCUCCUCAGCAAACCCGUAAACCUAGAGGCAAAACUAGCAAUUGGAGGCAAAGUAUUUCGCGUCGACGACCUUACAAGCAUCCGGCAGGGACUCUUCAAAGCGCUUGAUGAGGCCCAUAAUCAUUUCCGCAAGUGCCGCUCGGCUAGCUGCGAAAACGGUGAUCUCCAGAUUGCGCGCACCCGUCUCUCCCCGAGUCAGAAGGCGACGCGCUGCCGCGACCUCGAUCGGAGGAGCACCACCGCCGAGGAGUUGAGGGGUCGAGCUCCGACCAGUUCGCUGCAAAGCAGUUCUGGCAUAGCGAGGGGUAGAAGCGAAACAGGCGGGAUCGCCCUUGCUGGAGACUCUGGCUUUCACGACAACGAGCCUCGACGCACUCGAGAGGCGAGCUCCACAAACCAGAAAGACAGUAGAAGAAGGAAACAUUCGUCCACGAGACGGAGGCCUUCUCUGGAAAGAGAUGUGAAAUCCCGGAGGAGAAAGUCCGCUUCACCAGCAAGUACAGGGAGAGACGAGUCCGCAGGAACCGACCACGAAGAACCAGGGCCCCACCGAUCAAGAGACAAAUGCGAGUCUCGCGACUCUCAUCAGGCUUCUCGCAGCGGGGAAAGAAAGAAAUCAGAAGCUCAGAACCCUCAAAAACGCCUCUGCAUCGACGACGCGUGUGUGGUCCGUAGCCUGCAUGGUGGCGACAAAACACGCGUGGAAAAGUCAGAUGGUGUAGAUGAAAAGAAACCAGACACCUGUCGCAGGACACAACCGCGCCUCCGGGCCGGUUUCCCUCAAGAAUGCCAAGUUCCCCGCGGCCUUCCAGGAGGUCGUCGAGCCGACGAUUCGCCUCCGUCGCGUUGUGGGGACUCGCAGCAUCCUGGCAGUCGGUUGAGCCCAAACAAGAUGACUGCGACACCCCGAAGUCCUUUUCUCUCAGCGGCCGUCUGUCCAGCAGAAGAUGAAGAACUGAGGAACCUGACUCUAGGCACCCGGAGAGGCGCAGAUUACAGGGCAUGGAGUCUGCCGAAUGACGACCAGACACAUAGAGGUUUUGGGGGCCUGCCAAAAAGAGAGACACGAGGACAGGAAUCUGAGAAACGAACCAUUCUCCAGGACGUGGUGGAAAGCUCCCCAGAACCUUUGUCUUCAGCCAAGUCUGCGCGCUUGAAAACAAAGGGGUGCGAAGAGAAAACCUCCGCACGCGGCCCUCAGGAUAGUCACAUGGCUGGCGUCUCGAGCCGAACAGAAGCGAUGGAGAAAAGGUUGAUUGUCACAAAGGAAAUUGCGAACGGGCGAGUUUUAUCGAGUUCAAACGCAGCCUUCUCUUGUGAAAAAGCUCCUGAUGGAGAAGACGUGGUGAUGACAGGCCGCGACGUUUCUCUCCGGGGAAAGCCACUUAGCGUCACUUUGUCGAAAGGGCAAGACAGCGGGGUUUCCGUUUCGCUGUCACAUGCUGGGGAGAGCGUCGUGGUCGCUAGGAAAAGAGAGCGUUCCUCAAGAGAAGCACCGUAUGUUUCUCCCUCGCUCUCCCAAGAGAGUCACGAACAGCAAAAGCGGCAGUACGCUGCUCGUCAGAAGUCCCCUGUCUCGGCUGCUUCCCCAACAGAUGGGCUAAGAGACCGGGUCUGUGUCCUCCCUCUCUCCGCGCUCUCGACAACAGACAACCUGCAUCCGAUCACAGAGGCUGCUUCCAAAAUGGAGAGGGGAGGCGACUGUCGCAAGAAGAAAAGCCGCAGAUCGUCCUCCAUGCCGGUCAUGGAGAAACUCGCGUUGCUUCUGUCUCUCGACCGGCCCUCCCCACAGGUGAAAGGAGACGUUUCCACUCACGAGCGACAAGGUAGGUCAACGCCGAGCUCCUGGUGCAGUCCCGAUCAGUCCGCUUGCGGCUCGAACUUCUCUUCCGAGGGUUUCAAAGACUCAAGAAAGCUCGCGGAUCGCUCUGCAGAACAGCAUCGGAUCUGCUGCGUCCCUACAAGGACAGAAGAGAGAGACAGUCGAGUUUCUGCGCCCAAGCCCUCGCCUGCUGCUGAGCAAGACAACGCCGGACACCCACGACACACUGUUCCUUCGCCUUUGGCCUCGCAGUCCCUUGACCGCGAGUCAGAGACACCGUUUGAGAGGCAACAGCUACGCAAGGCAGAGGCGUUUCGGAGAAGUUCGAAGAGCCCCACUACCGGUAUCACAUGUAGGGACAAACAUGAACUCGAAUCGAUGCCGCCAUCGCUGUCACCGCCCUACAACGUUCCGUCUCUUCUGUCGCGUUCUGCUGAAGACGCCCGUGAAAACAGCGGUACAGACAGACCCGCGGCAGCACUCGUGGGUCUGAGGCCCGCGCCUCAGGAAGUGAAGCCUCGUGAGAUGCGUAGCGGAAGAAAAGAUGUCAACAAAGCCGUUGUUUGCAACUCCUUUUCUCCGCCAGGCAGACGUAUUGCGCUGAGGAAACACAUUUCCACUCGGACUGGGAGCAAAGCUGCUCUAGCUGCUUCUGAAGAGGAGACAAGCGAGGCUGUGCUCGUCGGAGACUCGCCCUCUUUGUCUCCUCUUCAGUCGCCGCCCUUGCUCACCAGUCCUGGUGCCUUCAGAGUCCCCCUUGGCUCUGCGGCUUCGCCAGGCUUCCGUCCAGAGCAGUUUCGGCGAAGGGAUGCAUCAGGUGAACUGGAGUUUCCGCACACGCAAAGACUCGAAGAGCCGGCGGUCGGUUCGCAGCUUUUUCUCGACAUCCAUCCCUUGCAGGUUCGGCUCUUGGAAGCCGGAACUUCCUGCAGAGGGCGACAGGAGGAGCUUCGCGAAAAAGAGCUGCGCGCGCAUUCAACAACAGCCUGGAGGGAACCGGGAGAGGGAGACAGCAGGCGCGAAGAGACAGACGCGCAGGCCUCGAUGCCGGCCAACCCCCCCAACAGUGUCCAGAAGGGGCUAGGAAAGAAGGAAGAGAAACUCCAUUGCGGUCGAGGGAGUCGAGAACCAUCAGACGCAAACCUUGCAGCUAAGCGUGCCCAGAGAUGCGAGAGCGACGAAAGUGGAGCAGAGAGGAGAAGCGUUCCGACAGAGCCUUCCGGCAGGGAUGAGGACCGCACAUCGAUGGAAAACAGGCAGGAUUGUGCCGCCGCACUGACAGACACAGAGGCGGGGUAUGGAAGUGUAGGAAGCAGCUCUGCCGUUCUGCCACCCGUCGAGAAGGAACAUCUUCAAAGCGGCCUGGAAGGCCUUCGGACUUCUCGCACGCUGUCUCCGAAUUCGUCUGAGCAUUGCCCUUUGGAUGCAACUCCCUCAAAUCCUGCCGCGGACCCGACUCCCCGAGAAAUGGAGACACCCAGUCCCCUGCCUUCUCGCCGCAGACGCCCCACACAUCUGAGAUCUUGCCAGCAAGAAUUAAACAGCCAGAAACUCAGAGACGCGCAGGCCCUGGGGGCGCGUGAGUCGGGAGGCGAACUCUCGAACGCAACUCGCCAGCCACACGCCCUUCACCGCACCCACAGCAGAGUCGAAGAAGAAGGGGAAAAGGGGGAAGGCGAAGCAGGAGAAGGAGAGAUUGUUUUCUUCUCUCCUCUUUCGAUUCCGCGACGUGGAUCCUGCGCGCGAACACAGGCUUCCAGAGAAAGCAUGCCUGAGAGCGGGGACGCCGCAGGCGAUGGCGUACAGGGAGAGGAAGAAGAAGGGGUCUCGGAGGCUGAGAGACGAGACAGAGAAAGACAAGCGGAGAGAGAUCGGAGAAUGGUGGACCUUCCUUCCGUGCCGUCUUCUUGUAGAUCCGGAGGCUCUCUCACCAACUGCAGCCUUCAGAGUGUCCGAGAUUCAAGAAGCAGGAGAAGCAGCCUAGCUUCCAGUUUGCUCGAUGAGGACGAAGAGCGCCUUUCGCACGAGAGAGGGACAGAUCGCGUCACGGAGGAGAAUGUAUGGGGGCAUCGAGACACUACGGAUGAGUCUCGAGGGCCAGACCGAACCGCAGAGACGAGCAGAAACUCCAGGAACCAGGCAGCUGGAGCCCCCAUUUCUUCCGAGAUUCCUGUGGCUCAGAAUCUCUCCAUCUCUUCUUCGUCUUCUUCUCUUCCCUCCCCUCGCGCUUGCCACGAGCACUUGGGGAGAAAUGGAGACGACGGUGUCCCGAGGACAAGUUGCGAAGGCGUCGAAGCUCCGGAAGCUGUUUCGUCUUCUUCACGACCUACGCAUGGCACAAAUCGCGUCCUGCCUGCUGUGCCUGGACAGGAGUCGGAAACGUCUCUUUCUUCCUUUCUCCAAUGGAAGGACAAGGGCGCUGUGUCCGACAGAGAAAUCGAGGAUCUGUUGGACUCCGUCGAAGUGUUUUUGCUCGCUCUCGACGGCGACGGUCACGGACUUUCCCUGCGCCUCCUAGAGAGACAUACCCGGCAGCUCCAGCUUCGUCCUAAAGCGGAACUGAAAAGGGAGAGAAGGGAGACAUACGCACAAUACGAGAAAGCAUCUGCCAUGGGAGGCCGCCGGUUUCCCUGGAUGCAGGGGGAGAAAACGAAGGAAAGAGAACAGAGAGGAGACCGCGUGGCUUCGGAGCUCUGCAGGCGCGCCUCGCCGAGCGUCGAGCCGCCAAUCGAGGAAGACGAAGAGAAAAAAGAACGAGGCGAACCAGCGGAAAGAGAGGAAUCUAAAGAGCGAACGAGAGCAAGACUUCGACACCUCCACGAGCAGCUCCUCGCGUUCAAAAAAAUCCAGAAUUCACCCGAGCAACCACAUCGCGCCCUCCCGGUGCGCUCGCCGUUGAGAGCCCACCGGGAGGGCGUGGGCGUCUUCACACGACCAGGGGGAGAAGAAAGAGAAGAGCAAGACGCGAGAGGGGAAAAGGAGACAAACAAAGCAGAGGGAGGAGACAAGACGAUAAACGAAGCAGCAGAAGAUGAACGCGAAACUGUGAAAAGUCCUUUAUCUUCCGGUGGCUCCCUCCCCUUCAAACGGCCCCAGGAUGCCCCUGAGGCCCCUCAUUCGUUUGGGGAGAACCUUGUCGAGUCUAGCAUUCAUGCAAACGCGCAUCGCGAACCUGAAAAUGGGGAAGGCAAACUGGAAAAAACAGAACAGCCACAACACAAACCGGAAGACAAGCCCCUGGCGUCUGUCUACACGGUGCUCUCCAGCAAACUAACAAUCGGGGAAGACGCAGAUCCUUCCACUUUUGGUCCACCAGAAACGAAAGAAAAGACAGCGCCACGUUCACACCCAAGUGACGCAGAAUGUCCUGUCUCUCAGAUGCGAAAAACAGAGUCGCCUUCCCAUUCAGAGCCUCGUCUUCACCCUAACCUCAUGCCCCUUGCCUGCAGUGACCGUUUGCAAAGUAUAGCACCCCUCUGUCAAGGAGAGAGACAAGGUGUCUCUGAAGAAUGGGCGAGGAAGCAGAAGGAAGGCGGGGCCGUCGGAGUCUCUAUUUCGAGUGCGGCAUCCCUUCACGAGAAGCAAGAGAUGAAAGUUGUACUUCCGAACAUGGAAGAGCGCGCCGAAGAUGACAGAAACGACGGCAACAACGAGCACGUCAAAGACGAAGACGAAGAAAAGAAAGACAAGGAUACAGGGGUCGUUCUCGAAGUCCCGAAACUUGGUCUCGACAGUGCAAUUGUGGCGGAGAAACUGGCUUGGUCGUCGACACCAGGACUCUCUGCUUCAAAGCAAGAACUGGCCAGCGGCAUCUCUGAGACGAUAGCCUCUCUCCCGUCGAUAUCCAGAGAGAAGCGAGAGACAGACCAAGGCUCCGAGCUCGGCGCUGCAUGCACAGAUAACACACCACGAGGCUUUGGGGGGAACAGAGCCGCAGAAAUAACGUCAGCUGAACUGCGGCAGGAGCCGUACACCCUCGCCCCUUCGCAGCCUGUGACCUGGCUUCAAGCGGAGACACAGGGCAACGAGGAUGAGAUGACUAGCGGAGUUCUUCUUUCUCAGACGCCUGACGAACCGGUGACUCCUUUCCACCUUCACUCCAUCUCUCGUCUUCGCGUCCUCCCAUCGACCGCUGGCAGCAAUGCAGAACCUUACCUCCAAGCCCCAGAACCUCGCCACUCUUAUUCAGACUUCUUGCCCUUCUCUGCGUCGUCUUUUUCCGCGUCUUCCUCGUCCUCUGCAUCUUCUUUCUCUGCGGCUUCUUCCUCUGCGGCUUCUUUCUCUGCUUCUUUUUCUGCGGCUUCUUUUUCUGCGGCUUCUGGGGUGGUUUCGUCUCCUUUUCCGUCUUCGUGUCCUGACCCCGUCGCGUGCGGCUCUCUGUCUAUCUCUCCGUUUUCAGGGUGUCCGUCUCGGGCCGCAUGUCUUGUUUCUCGCGGUGUGGACGGAGAUGGCGAGAAGAGAGAAAGCGCCGACGAGCGAGCGCGCGACAACUCGGAGCAGUCGGAGGAGCAUCUCGUCUCCGCCCUGUCUCGCUUGACUCCCAGCGAGCGCAGCCGGCAGAAUUCAGGCGCUCCUCGGGUCCCCUAUCUCUUCGGACCGCCUGUGGCGCCUGGCGCGGGCCACUGGAGAGAAGAAAGAGGUGACGGUGCCAGUUCCGGUGAAUCCGCCCGGGAGGGCAAGAAGGACGGGGAACUCAGUUGGUCUUCAGGGGCCCACAUCGGCGCCAUAAACGGGGAGGCCAAACCCCGAGCGCCUGCAGAAAAGCCGGAAGAAGAACAGAGACAGGAAGGCUCAGCAGAGGUGGAGGCAUCGGCAGACGCAGACGCUCAGGGGGCCAGAAAACCGUUUACCACCUUAAAUCGCAGGGGCAAGCCUCUUGGCGAGGGAUUUGAAAUAAGACGAGAGGGCGGAGAGGCUUCCACCUUCUACGAGGGCAGUGCGGAGAUGUCAGUGUUUCCCCACACAGGCAGGUUCUUUGAAGAAGACCCGAGCGACGAUAUCUUCUCCCUCGGAGACUCGCCUGCGGCUUCAGGCCCCGAGGAGCUCCUGUUGUCUCGCCCAGUUUCUGCUCUCGAAGAAAAUCCAUCUGUUUCCCUUCUCGCUCCGACAGGUCGCACCCUGCAUCCCUCAGGCUCUCGCGUUUCUUCUCCGCGUUCGGAAGCAGUAGGCCCAAUCGAAGUCGAAAGGUCCCUUGACGCUGGGCUCCUGAGAGCCGGUGCGCCGCCGCGCCUCCGCCACGAGGCCCCUGCAGACCCGACAGUCUCCGAACCGCCCGCUCGCCCCCGUGUCUCUGAAUCGGAGACAGCAGAGACGAGACAGCCGCUACUCACCGACCUCCGGGGGGCGAAGGUCGGGGAGGGUCCAACUGCGGCGCAGGAGGCGACAGGAGACAUCUUCAAGGAGACCUCCGACACGCCGAGGGAGCACUGUCCCGCGCCAUCCUGGGGCGAGCUGUCUCCUCGAGAAGAGCGGGCGGCAUCGGAGACAGAACCCCACACGAGGGCCGAGGUGGCGAAAGAGGAGCCAAAGGCGCCGCCGAAUGCGCCGGACAGUUCCUUUGCCUGGUGGGAGCGCAGCCUCUCAAAAACAAAUCGUGAGAACUUCGACCUCGAACGAGAGGCGGCACAAAAACACCCAGAGGAAAGAGCAGCCGAGAAGCGAAGUCUUAGCCUACAUGCAAGCGAAGCUCAAGUUCCACUGGUUUGUAUGAGGUCUGCAACAAACAGAGAUUCCCCAGAUAGGCCGGCCAAUGCAGACAAAGAAAGAAAAGGCGAAUCGGAAGGCGAUUUCGCCUCACCACCUCCUCGGGGCCUCGCGUCCCCUGCGGCAGCCGGUCUCCCACCCAGGACUUUCUUUGAACGAGAGAAAGAAGAAGCAAAACAUAGUCCAGCGACGCCUGCAGAAGCGAGCGUCACUGAACAAAUGGAAAGGAUCCCUUCGUCUCCAUCUCCGUCGCUUUGUUCUCCCACUGACUCCGAACCAACUCCCGAGGACGCAGAACUCGACGCUCGAGUCGGGGCCGACUGCGCGGAACGAUGUGACUCGAAGACGUCCUUUUCAGCGUCCUCUCCCGUCUCGCCUUCUUCUUGGAAACAGCCUCCAGCCUCAUGUCCUCGAGAGAGUACGCUUGUGCUGGGGAGCUCGGCUGACCCGGAGUUCGGUCUCGCAAGUGUAACGGCUGGACGUUCGUCCGUUUCCGCGUCUUCUUGUGGCCGAGAAAGAACUGCAGUCGGCGCGCCUUCAUCCGUCUGCGUGUCUCCUGGAGAAGAAAUUUCAGCCUCCAUUGAAAUCUGUGCGAUGCUCCGGGAGGCGUCGCCGCCUUCACGCUCGCUGGGCUCCACGGCCCCCAGCGGCCUCGCCUCAGAGCUCCCGGCGCUUGGACAGAAAGGGCAAAAGAGCGAAUAUGUGCCGCUGGCGAGGGCCGAGAAGGAGACUUCUGGCGCUCAGUUCCAAGAAGCGCGAACUUGGGGACUGCGCAGGAAGGACAAGGAAAAAGAAGAGCGAGGCAAAGCGAAUGAAGACGAUGCGAGGCUCUUCUUCUCGCCAGAAGAAGUGGGUGCCGGCAGUAGGAAGGCGCCAGCGACAGAAGGCCUCGGCGAUCGCGAGGAAAGGGAAGCCGUAGAGAAGGCCUCAGAGGCGAGGAGUGGAGGCUCGCUGCUCCCCAGUCAAGGGGGUUUGCAGGGACGCUGGAGAGAAGACCUGGAAAAUUGUUUCGCAGGCCGAGCCGCUGGGCCUCCCCAAAGUCCUGCAGAGUCUCUCUCGGGGGCGAGACCUGCCUAUCGCCUCACGGGCGCCGAGGCUUGGGGCUCCACGGCCCUCGGGGCCUGUGGUGGACGCCAUGGGUCGGAGGAGGCGCAGGGGCUAGCAGGAGAAGCGGGGAAGAAGAGCGAAGCAGAGAAAGGAAGCAACGGAGAAACUGAAGCCGGAGGCAAGCCAGUGCCUGUGAAGCGUCAGGAGUUGGUGGCAUCUGUGGCCGCUCGCAGGAUAGCGCUGGGACAGCCCCUGGAGAGAGAAGAAAGAGAGAGGUAUUUCGCGGUCGGCGAUCAAGGGAAGGGCGGGGCAGAAGACGCUCCACUGUCUCUUGAGAUAAGGCCCAGAGAGAGAAACCGAGAAGCGUCUCCAGAGCUCGCCGCGUUCGGACCCCGCGUCCUCGCUGCCCCGGCCGCUCCAAAACUUAACCCUCACCUUUUUCCGCCUCGCCUGCCUUCGCUUGUCUUUGAGCCUUCUUCGACCUGCGCCGCGCCGGAGUGGACCCAGUCCCCCCGUUCAGCCUGUCGUCCACACAAGUCUUCCUCUCCACCGUCGGCUUCCGGACACCGCUCGCAGCCCCCGACCUUGGCUGCCCGGCGCUCGGUGAGUGGAGUGAGUCAGAGAAAGGACAGAGCUGGGAAAACCUUCUCAGAGAGCUCGGCGGAGCUGCAAGAGUCAAAUGGCCGCGCGGCCGGUGCAUGCGCUGUGGCUCCCUGCGGUGGUUUAAGAGAGCCCACAGGUCGAGCUUCUCCACCGCCUCAGCUGGCUCAAGAGCAACGGGUCCCGCUUCCUCGAGUGCGCCCUUCGGUUAAUCCAGCCACGAUCCGUCCUCAGCCUUCUGCCUCUGCUUCGUCCCCCCGUUCCUCGUAUGCCAAGGCAGGACAAAGCGUCUCCCCCUGUUCCCAAGAGCAGCCAGUUGCAGAUUCUCCCCUGGCGCCGCCGGCCUCUCCCGAGGAGACAGGAACACCCGAUCCGUCGACGCUGGGACCCCCAUGUCUCCCUUCCAGCUGCCUCGCGAGGGCUCCUGGGCCUCCACGGGCGCUUGUUGGGCGCGACGCCAGCAAAUCGGGCGCUGCCGAGCCGGGCGAGUCGAGGGACUCGAGGCGAGGAAUCGCCCACCCAGGUGAGAGUUCCUUUUCAGAUCCGCUGCGCGGCGCCCCGGAGACAGCGACCACACGGAGACAGAACGGAGACACAAGGAAGCGUGGAGAAGAAGACGGAGAAACUCGACAACAAGAGAGACAAAACCCACCAGAGGCUGGGGCUCCAGGGCCCUCUGCAGGCCCUGUGAGCCCCCGACUGCAGGACGAGAGGUCGGACUGUUUCCGCGGCCAUGAGAUCGAGGAAAACGGAGCGAAUCCACCUCUGAGCACGCAAAAUGAAUCAACGGUUGGUGCCUCCGCUUCUUCAUGCUCUCGGACAAGUAGUAGAGGAGCGGAGAAGGUGAGUAGAAGAAGCGGGAGCUUGGGGGCCGCUGUUCGUCGUUUGAGCUCCAAAUGUCGAGUGGGGAGCAUUAAAGGGAAUUCUUUUCAAAGAAAGCAGGCCCAAGAGGAACGGCCGUCUUCGGAGUUGAAGCCCGGGGAUGCCUUCGCCUUCCUGCCUUCUUCGCGGCUACGAAGAAAGAAGGCAGCAGGGGCACCGAGCGCCCUGGGGGACCCCGACUCCUCAGAGUCCCCGGGAGACCGGGGCGAAGGCCCCAGCUCGGGGGCGACGAAAGAUGGGGAAAAGCCAGAACGAGAAGCGCCGAAGAAAUCCAGGGACACGAGUCCCCCGUCAGAGGAGAGGCCUCAUGCACUCGUUCAACCUGCGGCUCAGGCGCUACCCCCACCCAUGGCGCCUCGCCUUUCGUUCCAGAGCGCGAGAGGCUCGAGCGGCGGCCAGGUCCCUGGAGGCUCCGGGCGAGGCGCCCCGGGGCCUGAGAGGGAGUUCCAAGGAGCCUCGAUUUCCGCGCACUCCUGCAGUUUGUUUCGGCGCUUCUCCUUCAGCUCAGAACCAGCUGAGAGCUCGGUCUCUGCCAGCGGGGCCGUGCAUAGGCUCUUCGCUCGACAAGAAGAGAAGCACGGACUGAGGGCCGCAGACACGCCCCAGAAAGGCCCUGAGGAGGCGCUCGCGGCGACAACGAAGGAGAAGAAAACGAAGAGGUUCUCGCUGGGGAGAAGACAUAGCGUGGAAGGAACGGGGAGACACGACAACAUGGCGCCGUAG